GCGAAAUUGAGCUAUAAAUCCUCCUGGAGACGAGUUAUCCUCCGCCCGGCCCUCUUCUCACAUUUUUACAACAACGCGGGAAAUGCAGAAAACAGACGUUUGUGCACGAGCGGCUAGUCAUGCACAGACUGCAGCGCUGUCAACCUCAUCUGACACGAAGAUGAUGUAACCAAUACAACGUUACCCAAAAUGGCGGAACAACACCGAGAAGCCCAGGGGGAUGCAGACAGUGAAGGUGAGGCCUAUGAGGUUGUGGACUUGACAGAGUACGCGCACAGUCACCAGUGGUGGAGCAGAGUUUUUGGGAGCAACUCUGGCCCUAUUGCAGAGAAGUACUCUGUGGCCACUCAGAUCAUGAUGGGUGGGGUCACUGGCUGGUGUGCUGGAUAUCUUUUUCAGAGGGUGGGGAAAAUAGCUGCUACUGCAGUAGGUGGAGGGUUUCUCUUAUUGCAGAUUGCAAAUCAUAGUGGCUAUGUGCAAGUUGACUGGAAGAAAGUGGAGAAAGAUGUAAACAAAGCCAAGCGACAUUUGAAUAAGAAGGCCAACAAAGCAGUCCCUGAAAUAAACACCUUCAUUGAGGGGGCUACAGAGUUUGUCAAGAGGAACAUCGUGCUGUCCAGUGGGUUUGCUGGCGGAUUCUUGUUGGGUGUUGCCUCCUGAGCCGAACUGUUACAGGCCUGUGAAGCAGAACUACACUAAUGCUGUGAGAACGUCUCGGCUGUGAACCUCUGGAAGCUCUACUGUACCCUCUUACUUGGUUUACUGUACUGUCAUUUUGCCAAUUGAUUAAUGAAUCUGCAAGGCUGUCAGUCUUGUAUAUUCAGUGAUGUUUGGAAUGGAUGUGGAAGCUCGUAUUUUCCCUUCUACACACUGACAAACCUGGACACUCCCCAGUCUUCAAUAUAAUGAUGUGCAACUGUACUCGUCAUCAUACCACCACAUAUUUGUAUAUAUUACAGGCAUCUGAAGACAGAAGAGAAAGCAAAUGUCAAAGGAUCACAGAAAAGUACACAGUAAUUGUAACUCCUAAGCUAUUCCUUAUUCAGCAGUGCAGAUGUUGUGUGUUGUUACUGCAAGAAAUGUGUUACUGUCUGUUUUAUGUGUUAAGUUAAAUAAUGUCAUAUCUUUUUCUACUAAUAUCUCUGUGUACUGUAUAGCGAUCACGUUUAUACGGGUACUUGAUACAUAGUCAAUAAAUAUAAUUUCCGGGCUCUUA